AUCACAUUAGUUUAUCCGAGUCUUUGUCGUGGUAAACCAGUCGUCACAGCGUCGGCAAAAUGAAGGCAUGUGUGUGGAUCGGCGCCUGCGCACUGCUCCUUGCAGGCAACGCAUUGGCAACUGACGUGACCGUCGUCAAUCUCUCACCUGGAGAAACUUUAAACACUAGAAUUGUGGCGUCAUGGACUAGUGGUCAAGAAAAUAUCAACUGCUACCUGGAUACUCCCACGGGAGAAACCAUCCCAUUCAGCAGGGAUCAAGAUAAACUCGACCAAACGUACGAUACAGACAAGUUUGCGUUACUAGAAUUUAACCCAUUGAGCCCUUGCGCCGUAGAUGUCAAAAUCAUUGAUACCAAAGAUGAAGGACUCUGGACGCUGCAUUACAAAACAAACACUGAGCAAACUGGCAGCAAAUCCUACCAAGUUAAUUUGGAAACAAGUACACCUGAAACCGAAACUGAAGAGGCUAUCGAAGACAGACAAGUCGAAUAUUUGAAUGGGCAAAUUUUCAAUACUGCUAUUGGAAGCAGCCACGAAGUCAGAAUAAAUUACAACGAUUUCAUUAACACCGAGAGCUGUCACAUUGUUGCACCGAAUGAAAAGGAAUAUAAUUUCGAUGAUACUGCUUCGAUGGCUGCCCUUGGAAUUAAAGCUUUUAGAGACCUUCAUACAGCGUGUGGCGUAGAAAUUAACGUAGAGACCGAACAGUCUGUCGGCCGGUGGACUCUCCUUUCCAGGGACUCCAGAUUUUCCCAACGCAUUGAGAGAAGAUUAAACAUCACUAUCAACGUCGAAGAAAAUGUAGGGGCAUUGCCGGCAGAGGUCACUUUAACUAAUGGCAGCGACUUCUACGUCCGUUUAGCAGUACCCACGCAUAACCAUGGCACCUGCAAACUGCUCGGACCUAACGGGAGAACUGAUAUCCCCCACCAUGUCGAUGGGAACCACAUAUCUGCCUGUGGGUUCAUAGUUCCAGACGUCCAAAUGGACUACGCAGGGACAUGGGAAAUUGUGUACGGAGAUGCGAUAAUCUAUAGAGCGGCUACUCAAGUAACUGUAAAUGCUGCAUGGGAAGGAGCGGUGACGAAACUCGAAUGGGUGAAAGACCGUCCAGUAGACGUGGAGGUGGGCCCAGAAGACGCGGUCUACUGCAGCAUCACAGCGCCUGAAGAGGUCGCAGUCUUCGAGACCUUCGGCCGGUGCCGCAUCACGCUGGAUAGGGCCACGGAUCAGCAUAGCGGCACCUGGACCAUGGUAGUCGGCGCUCCUGGCAGAGUGCUGACUGAACAGCACACUCUUACCGUUCAUGUGAACAGCGCUGAACCUCGUCCUGAAGUGGUCACUCAUGUGGAAAUGAACCAGCCCGCAAUCCUGCUCAAAUGUGCCAUCGAAGGAGACCACACAGUCCGCAUGUGCAAAUUCAGGGAGCCCUCUGGACGCGUGCUCAUGGCUUCUCAGGGUGUUGGCGAAGACCGGUACAGCUUCCAUGGAGCUGGCGUCAGCCUAGCUUCCAACGUGACGACAAACGACUGUGGUCUCCGCAUCACGAACCCUGAGGCCGCAGAUCUGGGCAUGUGGCGCUGUUCCAUGGUCACCAGCGAUGACGAGGCCUACCACGGCUUCCUGCGAGUGGUCUGGCCGUGGGCCACCGCCGAUGACCACACUGUAUCCACAGAACCCACCCUGGCCACUUCUCACAACCAGAUUUCAGCGGUAGAAGGUGACGAGGUUACGAUGAGCUGCUCAGUCCAGUCCGUAAUCCGGUACUGCUACUUCAGGGCACGCAAUGGAACUGUCUUCAGCAUUUCUCCCAGUACACAAUCUGACGUAAUGGAAUACGUAGGCGCGGGCUUCGACGCGGGAGAGUGCGGCAUCAGGUUCAGGAACCUCCAGGAAAGAGACUCUGGAGCCUGGAGCUGUCAUGUCGGAUUCACUGACGCGACUGCUGAAGAGCAAAGGGCUUCCUUUAGUGUUAAUGUUCAACCUCAAAUUGCUGUACAGCAGCUUCUUAUAAGCCCACAGCAGUUGAUCGUACAAGGCAGAGUCCACGAUGAACGCGCUUUGGAGUACUGCCGUUUUGUCCGCAUCGACGGAUCUGGGUUCAACUCCCAAACUUUGCCUGCGCGCUACACCAGCCACGACGACCUGAGCAGAGGUCUCUGCAGCAUUACCAUCGCCGACCCCACCAUGCUGGACAACCACCCCUGGACCGUGGCCGCCAAGAUCCUCGGCCAGGAGGUCGAGGUGUACGGCUCGUCUGACCACACUAUUGAGAUGCCUAUAGACGAAACGACUCCAUCGCCCCAACCGCCGCAUAUCAUUUUGGUCCAACGAAACUACACCUGGCUGUUAUUCUUCUUGCUGAGCAUGUCUCUCAUGAUAAUUGUUCUUUCGCUGACGUCCAAGAAAAGCCGCGGCUGGGUCCACCGCAGGGCCACCACCAUUCGCAACAGCUUCCGAAAGCAACCACCGCCGCCCAUGGCGCCUGUCAACCACACUCCUAUGGCUGCAUAAAUAAAAAAGUGUGCAGAAGAAUGUUGGCAAAAACUUAAUCUGGGCACUCUAUAAUUAUACUUGGACGCUACUUAAUGUGAGUCACAUGUAUGUGGAAAAUUAAAUGUGAGGAUUUGAAGAAAAUUCGGAUGGAAAAUUUCAUUGUUGUGAAACAUUGUCUGAAA